AUGAACAAAGCGGCGGUCUCAGGAGCUAUCGAAUCAAGUUUCUCUUUGCCUGAUGCAGUUGGUACGGAAGCUCUAAAUAUGCAGAGGAGCAGUGGCAUCAAUAACAUGCGUAUCCCAACAUCACCAUUGUCUUUCUCCUCGAACAACAUAAACUCUCCGGGCUCACUGGUUCUUGAUGGCUCUGCUUCAAUGCAACACUUGUCUCAGCAGCAGCAGCAGCAGCAAGCAGGGCAAGGCUCUGUUCAAAUGAGGGAAAACAAUUACAACCAUGUGGAUAAGAAACCUAGAUUAGAAGUGAAGCAAGAGGACAUGUUGCAGCAGCAGAUUUUACAGCAGUUGAUCCAGCGUCAGGACCCCACGGGAAGGAAUCCGCAGUUGCAAGCUUUGCUUCAGCAGCAGAGAAUGAGGCAACAGCACCAGAUUCUUCAAUCCAUGUCGCCGUCUCAGAGACUCCAGCUCCAGCAACAGCAGCAGUUGAGGCAGCAGUUGCAGCAACAAGGCACUCAACAGAUCCCUCCUAACGUUCGUCCUUAUGAAGCUGGCGUCUGUGCUCGGAAAUUGAUGAUGUACUUGUAUCAUCUGCAGCAACGACCUGCUGAAAAUUGCAUUACGUAUUGGAGGAAAUUUGUGGCAGAAUACUUCUCACCUCGUGCAAAGCAAAGGUUGUGCUUGUCACAGUACGAAAGUGCUGGGCACCAUGCGCUUGGCAUGUUUCCACAGGCAGCUCCGGAUAUGUGGCAGUGUGAUCUUUGCGGCACCAAGUCUGGAAAAGGAUUUGAGGCAACAUUCGAUGUGCUAGCCAGACUUAUUGAAAUCAAAUUCGCGAGUGGCAUCAUUGACGAGCUCUUAUAUCUGGACCACCCACGAGAAAACAGAUUUUCGAAUGGAAUGAUGAUGUUAGAAUAUAGAAAAGCAGUUCAAGAAACUGUACACGAGCAGUUCCGCGUUGUCCGUGAAGGCCAUCUUCGUAUCAUAUUCUCUCAAGAUUUGAAGAUACUGUCUUGGGAGUUUUGUGCUCGGCGUCAUGAAGAGCUUCUUCUCCGAAGACUUAUUGCUCCUCAGGUGAACCAGUUACUUCAGGUUGCACAGAAAUGCCAGAGCACGAUUUCGGAGAGUGGGUCUGAGGGAGUUUCCCAGCAGGAUUUACAGUCAAACAGUAACAUGGUCUUGGGAGCAGGACGGCAGCUGGCAAAAUUCAUGGAACUACAGUCACUGAAUGAUCUUGGCUAUCCAAAAAGAUAUAUCAGAACUCUACAGAUAUCUGAAGUUGUCAAGAGCAUGAAGGAUCUGAUGAAUUUCACUGGCGAUAACAAAAUCGGCCCUAUUGAGGGGUUGAAACGACUUUUGGAACAGACGGCGACAGUGAAGCUCCAGAGGCAAAAAAUGCUAGAGAUGGAGCAGUUGGGAACCAAUGCAACCAUGAAUGGACCAGCUCAAGCUCAAAUGGCUAUGAAUGGACCUGCUCAAGCUCAAAUGGCAAUGACUCCGGGAACGAUGAACGGCCUAACGGGCAACAACAACAACAACAACAACAACUCGAGCAAUCAGCAGCAACUUGUUGGUCGAGGAGCUAUGAAUGGCUCAGCACAAGCGGCGGCAGCUCUGACCAACUACCAGAGCAUGCUUAUGAGGCAAAACGCUAUGAACAACCCGAACCCAAACUCAAAUACUGGGAAACAAGAAGGGUUCUCGAGUCCUCAGAACGCAACCCCAAACUCAAGCCAGAGUCCAUCUUCUUCGUCCCAUCAGCGGCAGAACUUGGCAACAGGUGGAUUUCCUAGCUCUCCUCAAAUGCAACAAGUGGACAUACUUGACGAAGAUUUUUACUAUUCCCUCUCACAUUGA